CUGUUUACUUUCUCUUCUUUGCUAAGGAAGGCCGGUUCACUGGGACCGCGGAGCACGCAGGCCCACCAGGGGAAAUGCACAGUCCAAGACCUUAACUUUUAAAAGCCCUUUGUUCCAAACGUUAGUGUGGACGAUGCUCUUGCAGGAUGCCUUUCCUUUUGGGUCUUAGACAGGAUAAGGAAACCUGUGUGGGUACCAACAAUCAAAGCUACAUCUGUGACACAGGACACUGCUGUGGACAGUCUCAGUGCUGCAACUACUACUAUGAACUCUGGUGGUUCUGGCUGGUGUGGACCAUCAUCAUCAUCUUGAGCUGCUGCUGUGUGUGCCACCACCGCCGAGCCAAGCAUCGCCUUCAGGCUCAGCAGCGGCAGCAUGAAAUCAACCUGAUCGCCUACCGAGAAGCCCACAAUUACUCAGCGCUGCCAUUUUAUUUCAGGUUUUUGCCAAACUAUUUACUACCUCCUUAUGAGGAAGUGGUGAACCGACCUCCGACUCCUCCCCCACCAUACAGUGCCUUCCAGCUACAGCAGCAGCAGCAACAGCAGCAGCAGCAGCAGCAGCAGCAGCAGCAGCAGCUGCCUGCGCCUUGUGGCCCCGCGGGCGGCAGCCCCCCAGGUGCCGAUCCCACCAGGGGCCCCCAGGGAGCACAGAGCAGCCCCCUGUCGGGGCCCAGCAGAAGCAGCACGAGACCCCCGAGCAUCGCAGACCCUGAGCCCUCCGACGUGCCAGCCAGCACAGCAGCCACCAAAGCCGCUGGAAUGGAGCCCAGCGGCUCUGUGGCCGCCCUGGGGGAGCUGGGCCCCGGGGCCUUCCUGGACAAAGAUUCCGACUGUAAGGAGGAGCUGCUGAGAGAUUACAGCUCCGAACCAGGCAGCGCCCUCCCCGAUAGCAAAGACAAGACUCCUGGCCGACAUCGCCGCUUCACUGGGGACUCGGGCAUCGAGGUGUGUGUGUGCAACCGGGGGCACCAUGACGACGACCUCAAGGAGUUCAACACGUUCAUUGACGACGCUCUGGAUGGGCCCCUGGACUUCUGUGACAGCUGCCACGUGCGGCCCCCCGGCGACGAGGAGGAAGGGCUCUGCCAGCCCUCCGAGGAGCAGGCCCGCGAGCCUGGGCACCCCCACCUGCCACGGCCACCCGCGUGCCUGCUGCUGAACACCAUCAACGAGCAGGACUCCCCAAACUCGCAGAGCAGCAGCUCCCCCAGCUAGAGCAGGCCCUGCCUGCGGCCUGACAACUUGGCAUAGCAACCAGGGUAGGGGAGCGCCAUGACAGAAGCAUUAAGUGACUUUCCAGAAGAGUGGUACAGCCACUUCCGUUCUUCGCCCCCCCCGCCCCCCCGCUCCUGCAUUUUCCUACAUCUCCCGCCACAGGGGAGGUGUGGAUGCCUCUCCGCCCCCAGGAGCAGUGUUGUGGAGGGCUGAGAGGUUGGUUCGUUCUGUGACUCAUUCCUCAUACCCCACCCUGUUCCCCCUUCUCUCUUUUCAAGUCCUAUCUCUCUGCCUGCUUGGGUCAGAGAGAUGUGUGUUUCAGAAGUCCCAAGGAGGGGCUGAGACUGUGCGCUGAGGUGACUCUUGGUGAUGGAGUGGCUUUAUGCUCUGGUGUUCGUUUAAGAGAACUUUGCUGUGUCUCAGCCCUGGGUGAAGAAGGAAGGCCGUAGAGGUCCAGAGAUUGUGACCCCUCACUGCCAGUGUCUGCAGAGCCAGAACUGGGCUCAUCCUGGGGGAGGAGGAGAGCUCAUAGACAGUUUUGUGGUAGGUUGGUGGGGGUGAGGUAGAUGUACCACUGUGCAUCUUUGAGGGGCCCUGCCCAGCAGGUUUUGGCUGGCCACAGACUGGUUCAGUGUGGAACAUCAUAUCACCUUUUCGGUUUUUCUUUAAACACCAAUAGAGCUGAAAACAACUUUAUCAAUGGGGGCAGGCAAGAAGCCUGUUCUGGAAAAGGGAAGUCUGUGGCUCUAUCCCAAGUUGACCUUUAAAGAACCUGGCCACUUUUUGAGCCAGAAGGAGAUGUUUCAUGUGCAGGCUUGAGUGGGGGCUAUCUCGAACUUCUGUGGGAGCGCAGGAGGCCCUAAGCCGUGGCAGUGGACUUAAGUGCAACUUUCUGCAUCUCUGUCCUUUGCUCUGUGCCUGUAGGUGAUCAGGGUCCCCCCACCCCUCACCCAAACACACAGUCUGCAGGCCUUCAUGUCUCGAUGUUCUCUAUGAACAAAUGAGGAGGCUGUGGGUCCUCAGAAACAGUGGCCCCAUAGCCUGGCUUUUACACAGUAUUUUCUCUUGAUUCUGAAUAAGUUCUUCUGUUUUUUUGUGUGUGUUUUUUGUUGUUGUUUUUUGUUUUUAAACUGACCACUUGGAAAAAAAUAUGCCUUGGUUAUCUGUGGUUUUCAUACCCUUUCCCAGCCCUUCCCCAGCCCCCUUUUUGAGCGGGGUAACUAUUUUUGUAGCCUAUGUAAAGAGCCUAAGUGGCCCAGGUAGGAGGGCGAAGGCAGUGGUCCAGAAGUCCCGCAGGAUCCUUAUUACUGUAGUUUGGCUUCAGAUACCCAGUUGAGCUUUGAUAGGAAUAACCUGAAUGGAGAAAGCAAACAGCUAAAACUAACAUUCCCUGUCCAGCGCUGUUCAUAUGAAGAGUUCGGUUCUUCCCCGCUCUCUUGAACGAUGAUAUUCGCGUUAGGCAUUGAUGUUACAGUAAGAAAGGAAAAAUUAAAAAAUAUAUAUAUGUACAAAAAUAGACAAAUCCAAGGCUGUGAGGUGAACGAGUGUCUGCGUUUGGAGUCCACAAAACCAAAAUCCAUGUUGAACAAAGUGAAGUCUGUGUACAAUGACUUUUUGGAUCACCUGUGUGUCCAUUGUGUGUGAGCCCCCAGCCCUGUUUUCCUGUGAAUAUACUUUGAAUGGCCGCCAUUAUGCUCGCGUCAGCCACACGUUCAGAGCAGAUAUGGCCCUCUCAAGGUAAUUUAUUUUACACAUUUACUGUUUACUGAACAAACGUCUGACUGUGUACUCGGGUGUAUCCAGCAGCAUUGUCGAUGGCAGGCGCCCCCCCCAGCCCCCCAAUGUGUCUGCCAGAGAUAACCGUGCUCGAAGUAGAGGCUUUCCUCUACCCAUCACUGCAAUUUGCACAUUGCUCCGUGGACACUUGGAGGCCUGUGUUCUGUUCCCUGUAAAUGGAAAUGUGCUCUGAACCUGCCUGCCUCCCUCUGCUCCUCCUGGCCCUAGGGAUCAGCCCCCGGGGAUGUUCAAAACCACUCGGCACAGAAAGGUGAAGGAGGAACUUCAGAUGGAAGCUUGAUUGGAUCUUCAGUGACAAGCUUGGACUAGCUGUGGCCCAGAGUCGGCCCUGCCCCGGAAUUGCCAGGAGAGUUUGGCAGACACCACAGUGCCAUAGGGCUUACCUCUCUCUGCCGAGGUCCAGUGUCGUGCAAGCAAGCCCCUGUGUGGCAAGAGUGGGCGGGAGUGCGUCAGCAGCCCUCGGAUGCUUUUCCUUCCACUGUUUUGUUUUGUUUUGUUUGUUUUGCUUUGUUUUGUUUUGUUUUUAAUACAAUCCCAAACUCACUGAAGGAUGCACCAAAAUGAAUCCUUCUUCAGUUAACUGAUCAAAUGGUUGAAUUCUGGCCCUCUCAAGUUUCCUUCCCCAGCGGGGAGUGGGGAACUGGUCUGCGUGUUAACUGUUGGGGUCACUGCAGCGUCCUGCCCUAGGGGCAUGAGAAAGAUCCGAAUGCAGCCACGGAGCCAGGCUUGAUUUCAGCGCUCACAGCCCGGCCCCUGCCAAGGGGGGCUCCCCUGCCAGGAGAGAGAUGGAAAUAGGGAGCUGAAGGACUAGUGGGGGUGUGGGCAGGGAGACUUGACUGAAUCUGGUUUUCCAGGUGAACGAGAAGGAAGGGGUUGAUCUGGUGGAGGGUUUGGUGCUACAGUCGGAAGAUUUGCAAAUGCUAACACAUUCCUGUGUGAGGCACAUCACCAUUUGUCAGUUCUUGUGAAUAUGUGUAUUUUAAGCAAUAAGAUUCAGCUGGUCAGACUUUUCUGGGCAGUCUCGGUGACGCAUUUCCUGUGCUGUGAUUGUUCUGAAGACAGAGUGGCUCUAACCACUGUGAGAAGCCCAAAUAAAAUCGAUCCCCAAAAUGCGA